CUGGAUGUGGAGCUCGGACUGUGGAGUGCAGAGAGAGGACCGUCCUUGGGCUUUUUACCCCCCCACCUCUCACUCUCUCUCUCUUUACGGGACUGCUCGGACUUCUUCUUCAUGCUGAAGUAAAAUGCAGCUCUAAUGAGAAGCCAUCAGCCUGUCGAUGAGUGAGGCCAGCGAAGAAACCUGAACAUCAACAGUCCACAUUAACAGUGGAAUAUUGGCAGAUACACAGGAGAGACCUGGAGACACACAUUUUCCACUAUGAACCGCGCCUUCAACAGGAAAAAAGAUAAAUCCUGGAUGCAUACCCCGGAGGCACUGGCCAAGCAUUACAUACCCUACAAUGCCAAGUUCCUUGGAAACACUGAAGUCGAAGCCCCGAAAGGCACAGAAGUUGUAAAGGAUGCAGUCAGAAAGCUAAAGUUUCAGAGGCAUAUCAAGAAGUCAGAGGGGCAAAAGACCCCUAAAGUGGAAUUGCAGAUUUCCAUUUAUGGUGUGAAGAUACUUGAUCCCAAGACAAAAGAUGUGCUGCAUAACUGUCAGUUACACAGAAUAUCCUUCUGUGCAGAUGACAAAACUGAUAAAAGGAUAUUCACUUUUAUCUGCAAAGACUCUGAGUCCAACAAACACCUCUGCUAUGUGUUUGACAGUGAAAAGUGUGCAGAAGAGAUCACUCUAACCAUCGGACAGGCCUUCGACUUGGCCUAUAAGAAGUUCCUGGAGUCUGGAGGCAAAGACGUGGAAACAAGGAAACAGAUUGGCACCCUACAGAAAAGAAUUCAAGAACUGGAAACAGAAAACUCUGAGCUGAAGCAACAACUUCAAGACCUUGAAGAACAGCUGAUGAUAGCUCACGUGCCACCACAGCUGCACAUUAACGCAGCUAAUGAAGCGUAUAUGCUGCAGAGGCCCUCCUCUCUCUUCUGGUGUCACAGCAUAACGUCGCUUUCCUGUCUGGAGAUCUCUUCUGUCACGCUCACACCUAUGAGCUCGCCGGAGUCCAACCUGUCCUCCGGCCUACUAACUCCUCCGCCUGCCAAACCUGCUCUUCUUCCUCCUAAGCCGACCGAGGGAUGCAGCAUCCCGCGGCCUCGCGCAGGAAGCAUCUCCAUGAAACUACAGUCUACAGAUGUUUUUGACAUGGUUCCCUUCUCACCUGUGACACCGCUGAUGCCCAGCAACGGCUGCCCACCUCCACCACCAACCACAUUGCCACCAGAUAUAAGGAAAGACCUGUUUGGUGCUGAGCCAUUUGAUCCAUUCACCUGUGGGGCAGCUGACUUCCCUCCAGAUAUUCAGUCAAAGCUGGAUGAGAUGCAGGAGGGGUUCAAAAUGGGACUAACCUUAGAGGGCGCCGUCUUCUCUCUGGAUCCACUAGACAGCCGCUGCUGAUGCCAAGAAGAUGCUCUUUGUCGCGUACUUUUAACUCGUUUGUAUGAAGAAGUGCCAAAAUCCACUCCACAGUUGAGUCGAGAUGUCACAGUUUUCAUCUUGAGGUUUAUAUGCAUUUGCAUUUAGAUUGGUUUUUCGAUAUUUCAAGGUAAACUCAGAUCCAUUAUAGAAAAGAACUAUUUUUGUAAAAAAGAGGAAAAAAAACUUAUGGAAGGAGUAGUUUUGAGUACCUUUGCUUGCACAGGUAAUGAGAGAUGUAAAUAGUUGAAAAUGUCCAAUGGUACACUCAGUGGCAGAAUUUUCAUAAGAGACAGUUUGUGUGUAUGCACCAUUUGACUUCUGUAUUAACACAUUCCUGUUUGUAUGCCAAACACAAGCCGGCCAGAAAAUAAAUGAUAUCUGUGUCAUUAACAUGAACUUACAGCCUGCCCAUAACAGCACAUAUUUUACUCAUUACACAUUAAUUCACACAUUAUGUUGUUAAUUAAUCCAUUAUGACAUGUUUUUUUUAUUUUGGCUUAGUGAUCUUUCUACCUAUUGUUUUUUGUUUUAAUUUGUUUUUUGCUAUUGAAUUGUAUUUUAAAUGUGUUUUUGCAUUUCACAAAUUUGACUUGCCAUCUCAGUAUUUACUUGUCAUAUUUUUACUUUAUCAUUUAGUCUCCUCUUUUCUUGCACCAGAAGGCACUUUUGUGUGUUAGUGGAUGGGGGGGACCUCUUUCAUACACAGUACUAUUCCAUUAUUUUACUUUCAGUUGCAUUGACUUUGCUGUUACAGUUAUUAAAGAAAAUGUUACUA